GCAGGUCUGGCUUUACUUGGGCUUCCAGACCUUGGUUUCUGUGCACAUUUCUCAUCAGUAAUCUGUGGUAGUCAUAACAGCAGCCUGGAACCUGUAGAACAUGUUCAGUCUCAUCAAGCUGCCUCCCGUAUUCAACGUCAACCAAGUGCCUAAAGCCUUCCAGGAGGAGAGUAUUAUUUCUGGGUAUCGUCACCCUCGCAGCUCUGCUACUGACUGCAUCCUCAGCCUGUUUCAGCUCACCAAUGAGACUCUCAAUGUCUGGACGCAUUUCUUACCCACAUGGUAUUUUCUCUACAAGCUGUUGACCGUGGUCUUUAUACAUGAUGUGUGGACUGAUGCAUACACAUGGCCACUGCUGGUGUACCUGUUGUCCUGCUGCGUGUACCCACUGGCAUCCAGCUGUGCUCACACGUUCAGCACCAUGUCCACACGUGCCCGGCACAUCUGCUACUUCUUUGACUAUGGAGCGCUCAGUCUAUACAGCUUGGGUUCAGCUAUUGCCUACUCUGCAUAUGUUGUGCCAGAUGCAUGGGUGAACAGUGUGUUUCACGCGUACUAUGUUCCUGUGGCUGUAAUGAACACUGUGAUAUCCACUACCAUGGCCUGUUACUCCAGGUUAGACGCCACUAUCCGCUUGAAGCUAAAUGCUUCUCUCACUCCUCUUCCUUCUGCUAAGGCUUGGCUUCUCUCUCACUCUAACCCUGACAAUGCGAACAGAUUUGCUGAAAGCAACAGACCCAGGUUGGGUAAAGUGCUGCGCGUUCUAGCCUUCUCUUACCCCUACAUGUUCGACAACAUUCCUCUUUUCUAUAGGAUCUUCCUGUGUGUGGGAGAAGGCUGCACUGCAAAUGAAGUAAACCGUCUUCACGUUUAUCACAUACUCCUGGCUUUCCUCACAGGCUUUCUGUUUGCCACACAUCUGCCCGAGAGGCUGGCACCUGGACAUUUUGACCUAAUAGGCCAUAGCCACCAGCUGUUCCAUGUGUGUGGGAUCAGUGCCACACACUUCCAGAUGCAGGCCAUAGAGAUGGACAUGGCUCUGAGACGGUCAUGGCUGCAUCACCACGCUCCUGCUAUGACCUUCAGAGGGACUCUAGGAGCCAGCAUGCUGUCCAGUGUCAUUAGCUUGGGCAUCAUCUGUUUCUUCAGUUAUCCUCUCUUUUGCAACACAGCUCAGGGAAAAGCAAAUGGAAAAGGUUCUACAGCAUCCAAGAAGAACUGAAAGCACCAACCACAGUUCUCUGAGUUUUCACUGGAAGUCUGGCACCGAUCUACUGGACGGUUACAAUAAUGCAUAAAAAUGCACAAGGGGUGUGGGAAAAGUGUUUCUGAAAAGUGAAGGAAUAAUCUAGUAUUAUUCAACCUAAUCUUAAUCUACUGUGCAUGUUUCUGAUCUGAGAAAAGAAUGGAAACCUGAUUACUCAAAACUUACUUAUAAUGGAAGUCUAGAGCAAGUUACCGAGUCCUGGUUUAUAAUAAAACCCAUAUUUUUGUAGAGUGCUUACAGGAAUUCGACAAAGAUCUCUCUAAAUCUGUAUCUCAGCCAUUACAUGUGGGACUUUCAUUUUAUUUUUAGAAUUUGUCUUCAAUAGCUACAUUCGAGUGGCGAACAUGGAAGUACCUCUGUGUCCUCCUGAUCAGAUAUGUUGGCCAGUGAACCUUUUGGAACCUUUGAUUAACAACAGGAAAAACUCCCUAGUAUAUUCACCUUAACUGUUGCGUCUCAUAGAUUUACAUUUGCAUUACAAUGCCCCAUAUUUUAGACAUGCAACAUUCAACUGCCCAUAGACUUUUAUUAUAAGUGAGUUGUAUAUUAUUUAUUAUUUAUUUUUAAUAUUUUGUUAUUAUUUGCUGUGCAAGUGUGUCAAAGAUCCGUUGUUUUGGAAGUGCACAUAGAUUACAAAUGUAGAAGAAGCUGAAGAUUAGGUAAAAUAAUUUUGGAUUAUUCCUUAAAUCAUGUGGUAUUAGAUAAUUUAUUAGAAUUAUGCAAAGUAUAAGUCAAAUGUGUGUGUGUGUGUGUGUGUGUGUGUGUGUGUGUGUGUGUGUGUGUGUGUGUGUGUGUGUGUGUGUGUGAGUGUGUGUAUACUCAUUUCGACAGGUGUUCGAUUGUAUGACGCUGCUGAUCCUCUAAGGACUGUAAAAAAAAAAAUCAGGAAUAUUUACUAUUUAGGAGGAAUAAAUGAGGGUUUAAGAAUUAAAUCUGUCACACAAUGCUCAGCAAGCACAUGUGAGUCUGUUAUGUGUAUAUACAGUAUAUGAUGUGGUGCAAAUGUAAUGAAAGCUAAUGGGCUUUUGUCUAUUUUUAAUUGUGUUAAAGAGUAUUUAACUUUAUAAUAAAAUUUUUAAGUCAC